CCAACAACAGUCAAAGAAGCGGCAUCAUCACAGUGCACACCGUCGAGGACAUCCGGAAACUAAGAAACGUCCAAAUAUUAUUUUCAUGCUUACCGACGACCAAGACAUAGAGUUAGGUUCUAUGAAUUACAUGCCUAAAGCUCUGUCAAUUCUUUCCCGGGGAGGUGUUCAUGUGAAAAAUGCCUACGUUACUACUCCAAUGUGCUGCCCUUCUCGAAGUUCAAUUUUGACUGGCCGUUAUGUACACAAUCAUAAUGUUUAUACUAAUGGCGAGAACUGUAGCUCCCCUCAAUGGCAGAAAACAUACGAGUCACAAAGCUUUGGUAAAUACCUUCAUGACUCAGGAUAUCGAACGGCUUUUUUUGGAAAAUAUUUAAAUGAAUACAACGGAAGCUACAUUCCAGCCGGAUGGUCUCAUUUCUCAGGGCUGAUUAGAAAUUCACGUUACUAUUCAUAUCAAUUAAACGUGAAUGGAGACCGAGUGCGCCAUGGCUCUGACUAUCACCUCGACUAUUACCCAGAUCUGAUUCUUAACGAUAGCCUACAGUAUAUGCGAUACUCGAACCGGUUUUUCUCUUCCAAACCCUACCUCAUGGUCAUGAGCUUUCCAUCUCCACAUGGCCCUGAAGAUGCUGCACCGCAAUUUCAAAAAAUGUUUUUUAACGAAAAAGGGCAUCGUACACCAAGUUGGAAUCACGCACCUAAUGGCGAUAAGCAAUGGUUGCUAAGAAAAACACCGAAAAUGGCUCGCAUCCAUCAAGAUUUUACCGAUUUUUUAAACACCAAACGAUUGCAAACACUUCAAUCUGUCGACAAUGCUGUUUAUCAAAUAUACUCUGAGCUGAAAAACUUGGGAGAAUUAGAAAACACUUACAUCAUCUACACGUCUGAUCAUGGUUAUCACCUCGGCCAGUUUGGCCUGGUUAAAGGAAAAGCCAUGCCGUUUGAGUUUGAUAUUCGAGUUCCAUUUUUUGUUCGUGGACCAGGUGUUCCUCACGAUCAAACGUUGCCGCAAAUUGUGCUAAAUAUUGACAUUGCCCCAACCUUGUUAGACAUUGCUGGAGUUAAAAUUCCUUCUCAUAUGGAUGGAAUCUCUUUUUUGCCAUAUCUAAAGCAACUCAACAAUACUUUAAGCAAGCAAAAAUCUAAAUUGGAAAGCCGUUCAAAAAGGCAAGAACGAGUUGAUAAGAAGCUUAUCUACCGAGACUCGUUUCUCAUUGAAAAGGGCAAAUUCAAAGUGCCUGUAAGCGUUGAUAAGUUACUGAUUCCCAUUAUUGGAAAAAAGCAGUGGCUUCAACUUGAGUGCCAAAAACCUGAAUAUUCAAGUCCAUGCAAAAUGUAUCAAAACCAGCUGAUUUCAAUUCUGCAAACUGAAGAAUUAACCGAUAUGUCAAACUACACUGAUUACUUGAAUAGGACAUUCUGUACGGUUGCGCGCACUAAUUUAAGUAUUGAGUGCACUGAAGAGAUUUAUCACAAUCAGGAGUCGUGGAAAGAAAAGAAAAAUCAUAUUGACGCAGCUAUAAAAGAACUGCAACGACGAUUGCUUGAGUUAAAAGACCCAUUUCAGUUGAAAAAUGCCAUUUACGAGCUUGAGUUUUCUACCAUCGAAGAACUGAGUCGCAACUUGGCUCAUCUAAAAGGAUGUUCCGGUGCAGAGCAGUGUACGUUGCCACGGCAGCAAACACCUAAAAGGAGAUCAUCUGAAACAGAUUCUUCAGUAUACUCUAAAACGCUCAACGGCACAAAUGCACAACUAAGCUAA